CAGUCGACCAGACACACGAGAGCGCGUACUUUUAAACCAAAACCUGGCCCAAACUGAAAUUCAAAAAGCAAGUAACGAAAACGAUCGCACAUUGCAACGAGCGUGGGCUGCAAUCGGAAGUGUUAACCCAACUAAAACAAAGAUUAAAUAUUUAAAAAAUAAACCAAAACUCCAGCAGCUGGAGCUGGAACUAAUUGAAAGCCUAGCCGGGCUAAUUGCCAAUAAUGAAGAUUGCCAAAAUUGGCAGCCGCUGAGAAAACGAUAAUUCGGAAAAAUCUUGUGCGUGUGUAGAGAGCCGUGAAAAGCCAACGGCAAAUAAAUUGCAAAUUAAAUCAGGAAAAAUAUUCAAACGCCCCUGAGGAUCACCAUGAAAUCGUGGCUGCUGGCUCUGGUGGCCCUGGCAGCAGUCGUUUCUGGCAGCCAGACUCCAAGUGCGAAUCAAUACCACAUCCAGACGGACGAGGGACCGGAGCGGUACUUCCGCUUCCAAACGGACAGCGGACAGUUCCGCAAGGAGAAGCGGCUGCAGGAUGGCACAGUCAUAGGCACUGAGGCCUGGAUCGAUGCAGCGGGCUAUCUGCGUCAAAAGGACUACAUAGCCGAUAAGCAGGGAUACAGGAUACUGAAGUCCAAGACCAUCUAUGUGGGUCUGGGAAGGGCCGUUGAGGACGCCAUUAAAUCCACCAAGGCAGCUCCAGCACAAUCGGGUGUCUUAGUGCAAGGUGGCUCAUCAGGAUCAUCGGUGAACAGCCUGGGCAGCUAUCAGCGUCCCAACUAUGGCUACAUUUCCAGCACCACAUCCACCACCACACCAGCACCCCCGCCUCCAGCUCUUCUGGACGUCGAAGACUCCGGCGUGGGCAAGCUUAACUAUUUGCCUCCAGAACAAGCUGCCAAGAUUGAGCCUCAAUCACAGCUAGGAUUCGAUCACUAUCCUGAUGAAUUGCCAAGAGCGACGAAUCAGUUAUUGUCUCCGCUUCCGGCCACGCCUCUUAACCCACUGGUCGACAUUCAUCCCAAUGCGGAGCCUGUUCCUGAUUUGGAACUAAAUGCCAUCAAUGUGUACGAUGCUGAGGCCGAUCGAGCCUUUGGUCAUGGACAGUUUGGAUCAGUUAUAAGCUCGACAACGGCUAGACCUCCUUCGCUGGAUAUGCUACCCCCUCUGAGUGCCCACAGGCGUCGCCUGCGCCCACGUCCAACUCCAGCUCCCAUAUCCAUCGUAUCCAGUACGCCAGCACCAAUUUCUGGAGGGGAUUUGUAUGGCUACUCCACGCCACAGCCCUUCACUGCUCCUGCCUACCAAUUUGCCCCGCCUGCCACGUCCUCCAGUACGGGUUACGGUUACUAUCCGCCACCACAGUCUCCACUGGAGGUUAACUCCUUGGAGGCAGCUCUACUCCCGCCCCUGCCAUCCAACACCUAUCGAAGACGUCUGCGUCCUAGGCCAGUACAAACUAAUCAUCUGGAAGGUCUGGCCGCCUCCGAAUACGAUGGCGUGGGCGUGACCCGUAAUGGUUUCCGUUACGUGCUGCCCAAGCAGUAUCACGAAGAGGAAACGAAUCCAGCAGAUGGAAAGCGGGCGGGCAGCUUCGGCUAUGUGGAUCCCUUUGGAAUCCGUCGGGUGGUCUACUACAAUGCCGCUCCCGGAAGGGGAUUCGUUCAUCGGAAUAACAACCAGUAUGUGGGCGCCAAUGGAGCGCCCUACGAUGCUCCGGGUCCGGCGCAGCUGGUCAACGAAUAGGGAAUAGGAUCAUUGAUGGAUGGGUCCAAUUUGGUUCACCUAAACUGCUUAGAUCGACCCAUGCUAACGAAGGUGCUGCACUUAACCCGAAUCCCGACUCACUCAACGAGGCACCAGAACUAACCGUAGAACCUCAACCAGGGGGAAGUCCCCUAAUAAGAUUAACCUGUACAUAAAACAACGCUUAAAGACCCACUCUUCCUCUUCUUACCUGCACGCACACACCAAGACAAAACGACAUCUGUGUUAAUUAAUUUAAUGCUUAAUCACAUCUAAAUGUAACAUAAUUUAUAUAUUGAAACUCUGUGCAAUUAGCGCUUAGAAUAGGCUCUAUUAGGGGUACUCACUGCCGCAUGCGAAAGUUAAAUUGUGUAAGUGAUUGGGGAGAAAUCGUUUCACGUAUUAAUCUUGCCAUAUUAACGAAAAGUAAAUAAUUAAAGCUCUCUGUUCAUCGCUAGAAACUCCCCGUUCCGCCCCUUAUUAUAUAUUUAAUUUAAUAUGUACGAUUAAACCGAUAACGAUAACGAUAGCCGUUUCUUGGCCAAUAGCUGUUCAUUGGAGAGGAAUGAACACCCGUUGCCUGGAAACUUUAGCCAAGUAGUGCGAAAAAAUAUUUUGUGUAUUGUUAAGAAGUUCGAAGACAAUAAAUAAUUAUUUAAUGAAAA